AUCUCAGAACAGCUCUGUGUCGUCACACAUCCACACCGCUAACGUCGAGUCUAAAUGAACAAACCGUUCCAGAAUCAGCGCCUCGACAGAGCGCUUUAUCUGCCUUCCGAGAGUGGCACGGCCGAGGCGUAACAUUUUGAAAGGUUGUGUUCAGUGGGUAUCCACCGAGAGCGGGGAUGAGAUAAGGAGGUUUGGAGGAGCAAAUCACGGUUUGUGAAGAAGGAGAAUAAAACAAGUGAAAAGUUUGUUAUCGAAGGAACCAUUGGAGUACAGUGCGAGCAACAAGAAACCAUUCAACCGACCUCCGAUGCAAAAUAAAGCAUCUGUGCCAGUGGCAGGUCUUAGCUGGACUCAGAGACCUUUUUUUUGGGUCCUUCUUGAAAGAGGAUGUCAUAAUUUGGAAGAGGACUCCAUGGCAUAAAGCCUGUCCUCAGAUUCAGCUGGUCCCUGGCGAGAGCUGCAGAGGAGAUCACUACUCUGACGCCCCACUGCCAUUUUCCACAGCCUGAGGGGAACCAGGAAGCAGCCGGCAGGAAUCAUGCCUGCCCUGGCCACCGGAGCCGGCCACGAGCCAGGUCUGUACGAGCUGCUGGCGGCUCUGCCCUCCCAGCUGCAGCCCCAUGUCAGCCGCCCAGAGGACAACACCUUCCUCCAGGACAUGUUUGGAGAGAGGAGCCUUCACUCGCUGAUCAAGAUCCAUGAGCGGCUGCAGCACUACGAAGAGAGCAAACCCAUCCCUGUCUUGGACAGCGCUGCUCCUCUGGCCCAUGAAUUGUCCAAGGAGCUGGAAGGGAAAUUGGCCAAUGCAGAAAUCAAAGAACUUCUUCAGAUACUAUCCAAACCCCACGUGAAGAGCCUUCUGUCAGUCCAUGACACUGUCGCUCAGAAGAGUUACGACCCUGAACUACCUCCACUGCCGGAAGACAUCGACGAUGAUGAGGAUUCAGUGAAAAUCAUAAGACUGGUCAAAAACAAGGAACCUCUUGGAGCAACGAUAAGACGUGACGAGCACACUGGAGCCAUCCUCGUUGCCCGGAUCAUGAGAGGAGGGGCAGCCGAUAGAAGCGGACUGAUUCAUGUAGGAGAUGAACUGAAAGAAGUCAAUGGAAUCCCUGUGGAUGACAAGAAACCAGAGGAAAUCAUUCGUAUUCUGGCCCAAUCACAAGGAGCCAUUACCUUUAAAGUUGUCCCCGCCGUCAAAGAGGAGGCGCCAGCCAAGGAGCAAAAGGUGUUUGUGAGGGCACUCUUUGACUACGACCCAAAGGAGGACAAAGCCAUCCCAUGUAAGGAGGCUGGACUGGCCUUCAAGAAGGGCUCCAUACUUCAGAUUAUGAGCCAAGAUGAUGCAACCUGGUGGCAAGCCAAACACGAAGGGGACGCCAAUCCUCGUGCCGGCUUAAUCCCGUCCAAACAGUUCCAGGAAAGGAGGUUUGCACUGCCCCGACCUGCUGCGACUCUCCCAUUCCAGAGGACCUCCAGCCGACGAUCAUCCGGGUUCAGAAGAAGUUUCCGUCUCAGCAGGAGGGACAAGAAGACCAACAAGUCCAUGUACGAGUGCAAGAAGAGCGAAAUGUACGACAUGGCUGACGUUCCCACGUAUGAGGAGGUCAUGCCGUACCGCAGGCAGAGUGGAGCUAAACACAGGCUGGUGGUCCUAGUAGGAGCCACAGGUGUCGGCUUGAACGAGCUGAAGAGGAAACUCUUGAUCUCGGACCCCCAGCACUUCAGUGUGACCAUUCCACACACCAGUCGGGCCAAGAAGAACCAGGAGAGCGACGGCGUGGAAUAUCACUUCAUCUCCAAACACCUCUUUGACACAGACAUCCACAACAACAAGUUCAUCGAGUAUGGCGAGUACAAGGGGAAUUACUACGGGACAAGUCUAGACUCGAUCCGCUCCGUCCUCUCCAAGAACAAAGUGUGCUUAUUGGAUGUCCAGCCUCAUACGAUAAAGCACCUGCGGACGGCAGAGUUUAAACCCUUUGUAGUGUUUGUGAAGCCUCCUCCGAUCGAGAGGUUGAGGGAGACCAGACAGAACGCCAAAAUCAUAUCAGGCAAGGACGACAAAGGAUCUGCGAAGCCGUUUACGGAGGAGGACUUUCAGGAGAUGGUGAGAACUACGCAGCUGAUGGAGACUCAAUAUGGCCAUCUGUUUGAGAAGGUCAUAGUCAACGAUGACCUCUCGGCCGCCUUCAGCGAGCUGCGGCUGGCGCUAAAGAAAGUGGAGACGGAGACUCACUGGGUUCCAGUCAGCUGGACUCACUCCUGAGAUCCACACGGACUGUAAAAGGAGAAAAGGGAAGGGCUUUGACAAAAAUAUGCAGGUUUUUUAUCUUUCUAUGUCUGCUGUGGCUGGUGUUGGGAGGGAAAAACGGGAAUAAAACAAGACAGCGCCAGUCGGCUGUGUCGCCAUACCUGAGCUCCACGAAGCUAAAAAUAAGCUUGGGGAUCAGGUUUGAUUUAGACUUCAGCUGUGGUCUGGAUGUGGAUCACCAGGUCUGACCAGAUCUGACAGGGUUGAGGUUAAGGGCGCCUGACCAGAAUAUGAGUCUUGGACAUUGUUCUCUGUCUCAGUCUGGGUCACACAACCAUGGCCAUGAGUUUGAGCUCUUUGGUCCAAACCAGAGUGUGUUACGAGACUGGACCAUCACAGCACCAGCCGUCCUGCCAGCACAUCAGCGACCGCGCCAACCAGAACUCCGUCUUUAGUGUGUUUAUAACAUUAGACCAUUAGAAACCAAAGGGAUUGACAUAUUUCUUCUCGGUGGACAACUUACAUGUAUAAGUCUGUAAAAGAACACAACCUCCGAGGGGGAACGAGGGGAAAAGAAAACAUAUUUGCCUUCUGUCUUACUAUAUUUCUGUGCUUCUAUAAUGCUUCCACGACUGUUACUCCAAACAAAACAUUGUCAGGUACACUCGCAAGAAAGGGCAGUAAGUGUAAUUUUAUUUAAGAGAAAUUAAUAUAUUUUCUAAUAGCCUCCAGUUGUUGUUGUUUUGUUUUUUUAUAUAUAUACAUAUCUCGACUUUUAGAGCAACCUGAUCUCAACUGUAGCCACCUCUCCGAACUUUUUACACAGGAGGCGUCUCGUCUUUCACUCAACUGUUUUGAUUUCAUCAGCCUAGUCUAGUUUUCCCCCUACAAAGCACAUAGAGAGCCAUUUUAUUUAGGUGUUAUAUAUUCCAUUUAGGAGCAUUUUGAAAAAGCUUCCCUUCAUUUGAAGGUGCCCAGCAUAACAGCUUUGCCAUUUAAAGUCCCAGAACUGGACACGUUUGGCCAUCUGCUAGAAGAAAAUGUUCACAAUUGUGUUUUAUUAGGGUGGAGUCUUUAUUUUUAUUCACAUAAAAAUGGCUUCAGCAAGGCUGCUAAUAGAGGGUCCACAGCACACUUCCAGGAUUUUAACUCAGAGAAAUGCUAAGUAGCCGCUCCUGACUUUAUGAGCAUUAGAGGUUUAUUGCUAAUUUGAGUCUCCCAUUCCCAGUCCCAGUCUAACUUGUUUUUUACUCAGUACUUUUCCUCUUUACACUUUUAUCACAGAGAUGCUUAACCUUAAGUUCUGGUACGCUGGUUUUAAAAAGCAGCUAGUUAUUAAUUCUGGCUGUGUUAACGUCAUUAACAGCCUUGGUAGAGCCGUGGUUCUUUGCUGCUAAUGUAGCAAAAGCCUGAUUAUUUUACACUUUAAAUAAAUAGUUUGCCCUCUUGUGUGUUUUCGUGCCGAGAGUGAGUCAUGUCUACUUGUUACGUCUGUACCUAGAGGCUUAUUUAGGUUAAACAGGGAGCAGUUAGCCGCUAUCCUAGCUCUGUCUAAAUUUAAAAAUAUGCUAAUAGCACCUCUAAAGCUGGUCACUUUUAUGAAUUUGACUUUAAAUUUGUUGUUUGUUUAUUUGUAAGUUUUAAAAGUAGCUGUUACAUUUUUUUUUUUUACUUUGGGAAGAAAGCCAGAAUAGUUCCCCCCUGCUAAGCUAAUUAGCUUUUGGCUCGAGCUUCAUAUUGAACAUACAGACAUAAAAAGUUGUAUCAUUUUUCUCUUGUCGAGACUACAAUAUUUUCCACAAUGUCAAAUUAUUCCCAUAACUAUGUUUUGUUUUUACAUUUUUUUAAACAAUUGGCUGACAUACUGUCCAAAUCCUCUUUGAUUCUUUCUCAUACACUAACUGUAUGUCCAGCUCAGGUUGCAUUGCCCAUUUUUUCCAUGUUCUAUUCUUUUACCUUUGCCACCGACUAUGAUAUUUAUAUAUUUGAUUUUGUCCACUUAAAAAAGGGUAAUAUGUUUAUAUGGUUAUGUUAUGAUAAAAUACAUUUUAAAGGGACUUAAACACCCCUCACCCAUUCACUUUGUCCUUAGGUUUUUGUUGAUUUUAGUAUCACUUUCAGUUUUAUUUUUAUAUAUUAUUUGACUUGUCCACAUCUUCAUAUCUCACCCCUUUGUCAUCUGUUUUAUUAAUCAGAAUCAGAUUUGUACAGUCUCCAGAAAAUAUUUUUUCUUGCUGUAAAUGAAAUGCUGUUUAUGAGGCAAAUUGUAUGAAUUUACAUUAUUCUUGAUAACUUCUACAUUUUAUAUUAAAGAAAAUCCAACUAAA